GGCGCCGUGAGCAGUGUGUCAACAAUGAUGGCCGACCCUUCUCCGCCACACUAGACGCACCUCUCCUUUAAUUAACCCGCCACCACGUCCCCAGCAGCCAUGACCUCACGCCUGCACUGACAUCUUGCUCUCCCACAAUAACCUUGAUGGCUCUGAGCAGCGUCGCCUUAGUGGUCACUGAAGGGAUAAUGAUAAUAAUGUUUUGGUGAGCCCUCCUUCGAGAAUUUUUCCCUAGUUUUUUCGAGGCUUGCGUGUGUUUUGAAGUGUUUCCGAGCCGCCCCGAGACUACUAUGAGUUCCAUCAAGUCAGGCAACAAGAAGGAUCAUCAGAAAAUGCGGAUCCGCGCUUUUCCGAUGACCAUGGAUGAGCGGUAUGUGGAGAACAUCUGGCAACUGCUCAAAAAUGCAAUCCAGGAAAUUCAAAAGAAAAACAACAGCGGGCUCAGCUUCGAGGAGCUGUACCGCAAUGCAUACACAAUGGUCCUCCACAAACAUGGGGAGAGACUAUACUCAGGCCUGAGGGAUGUCGUCACCCAACACUUGGAGAACAAGGUUCGAGCUGACGUACUGGCCUCACUACAGAACAACUUCCUCCAGACUCUAAAUCAUGCCUGGAAUGACCACCAGACCUCCAUGGUGAUGAUCAGAGACAUCCUCAUGUACAUGGACCGUGUCUAUGUGCAGCAGAACAAUGUGGAUAAUGUCUACAAUCUAGGUUUAAUAAUAUUUAGGGACCAGGUUGUGCGAUAUGGUUGCAUACGAGACCACCUUCGGGAGACGCUCCUAGACAUGGUGAUGCGGGAGCGUCGGGGGGAGGUGGUUGACAGACUAGCAAUCAAGAAUGCUGCCCAAAUGCUGAUAGUGUUAGGCAUUGAGUCCCGAGCUGUAUACGAGGAAGAUUUUGAACGGCCCUUCCUCGCACAGUCUGCAGAGUUUUAUAGGAUGGAGAGUCAGAAGUUCCUGGCAGAAAACAGUGCAUCAGUUUAUAUCAAAAGAGUUGAAGCGAGGAUAUCUGAGGAAGCAGAGAGAGCAAAGCACUACCUGGAUGAGUCCACUGAAAGGCGAAUUGUUGAAGUAGUUGAAGAGGAAUUAAUUAAAAAACAUAUGAAAACCAUUGUUGAGAUGGAGAAUUCUGGAGUAGUACACAUGCUCAAGAACAACAAGACUGAAGACCUAGCCUGUAUGUAUAAACUCAUGUCUCGAGUAUUAGAUGGCUUAAAGGCAGUAGCGGAAUGUGUCUCCCAGCACCUAAGAGAACAAGGUAAAGCCUUAGUAGCAGAAGAAGAGGGAGGUAAAAAUGCCAUUACAUUUGUACAGAAUUUGUUGGAUUUGAAAGACAGGUUUGAUCAUUUUCUUCACAACUCUUUCAACAAUGACAAGAUUUUCAAGCAAAUGAUUGCUGCUGACUUUGAAUACUUCCUCAACCUAAACAACAAGUCCCCAGAGUAUCUGUCAUUAUUUAUUGAUGACAAGCUGAAGAAAGGAGUCAAAGGAAUGACAGAGGCAGAGAUUGAGGUGGUUUUGGACAAGACGAUGGUACUUUUCCGGUUCUUGCAAGAAAAAGAUGUGUUUGAGCGUUACUACAAACAGCAUCUUGCCAAACGACUCCUUUUACAGAAGUCAGUUUCUGAAGACUCGGAAAAAACUAUGAUCUCCAAGUUAAAAACAGAGUGUGGCUGCCAGUUCACCUCCAAGCUUGAGGGAAUGUUCAAGGACGUCACAAUAUCAAACACCAUUAAUGAGGAAUUCAAGCAACGAGUCAACAGUGCAGGGACUAAUCUGUGUGGGGUUGACAUCUAUGUGAGAGUGUUGACAACUGGGUAUUGGCCGACGCAGUCAGCAAACCUGAAGGCUAAUGUUCCCCUGGCCCCUCGGAGUGCCUUUGAGGCUUUCAGGAGAUUCUACCUCAACAAGCACAGCGGCAGACAACUUACCCUUCAGCCUCAAUUGGGAUCUGCAGACCUGAAUGCAGUAUUUCAUGGUUCAAGAAAAGAAGAGAGUGCCUGUGCCUCCCCCAGUGUGGUUUCUGGCUCCGUGGCUUCUGUAGCUGCUGUAGCCUCUGGGGAAGCUGUCAGUAGUGUGGCUGGCAUUUCCUCCUCUACUAUUGGGAGUGCUGUCCCCAACAAUGGCUUAAUGCCCUCCCCAAGUCUGUCAGGGGCCCAUACCCCUACCAGUGCUGUGGCAUCACCAUCAGGGUCAGCAGUGAUGGGCUCAGGCAAGCCCUCAGGACCCAAGAAACACAUCAUUCAAGUGUCCACCUACCAAAUGGUUAUUCUCAUGCUCUUCAACACCAGGGAUAAACUAACUUAUGAGGAAAUACAGAAUGAGACGGACAUCCCUGAUCGUGAUCUUGUUCGAGCUCUUCAGUCCUUGGCAUUAGGGAAGCCGGCCCAGCGAGUGUUGCUCAAGACUCCAAAGACUAAAGAGAUGGAGUCCUCACAUGAGUUUACUGUCAAUGAUUCAUUCACAUCUAAGUUGUACAGAGUGAAAAUCCAGGCUGUGGCAGCUAAGGGAGAAAGUGAACCAGAGAGGAAAGAGACUAGAAGUAAAGUUGAUGAAGACCGCAAACAUGAAAUUGAAGCAGCUAUUGUCCGCAUAAUGAAGGCCCGCAGGCGAAUGACUCAUAACAACCUGGUAGCCGAGGUUACAGACCAACUCAAGUCCCGCUUCCUACCGUCCCCAAUACUUAUCAAGAAGAGAAUUGAAAGCCUCAUUGAGCGAGAGUAUUUGGCACGCACACCAGAAGACAGAAAAAUUUACUCCUAUGUGGCGUGAAGAGUAUGUUACAUACUGAAGCAUAGCCAAGGCUGUGAAACCUUCCUUUUGUUAGAGAUAUGGUCGUGCAGCUGUGGAGGGUGAGGGGAAAGGAUUACAUGAGCCCUAAGGAUCACCUAGUCCAUCUCUGCUCUCCUCAAUCUCGUGCUCUCUCUGCAGAUGCUCACUUCACCCUCAGUAUAACAUGCCAGGAAUGGCAGAUGUACGGCCACAUCUAACCCUUGCCAUGAGCACCGAGAGUCAACUUAAAAGUAAGAGGUUCUCGGGGUCACCACAGACACCCUGCGGCAGGUUACUGUUAGCUGCUUUUCAUAGCUGUUGUUGCCAGAUACUUCUGAACUACUGAAGGUGUUUGGGCCAAGGGAUGGUGGUAUUCAGUAGUCACCAUGAGUAUGGAAACAUCCCCAUUUUUAUUUAAAAUACCUAAUGAUAUGGUGAAAUUGUAUCUAAAAGUCAUUAGUCUGAAUGAAGUCAACCAAGAAUUGCAAUGGGAAAAUAAUGAUAAAAGUCGUGUAAACUGAUGACCUGCUUCUCUGCUUGGUUCCAGUGCAGUCAAACUUUCAGUGUGUGGUCAAUGCUGAGCUAUUACAAGUUUGUGAAAGAUCCAAUUGUUUAAUUUUUAUUAUUUUUAACCUACCUUCUGUAUGAGUUUAUUUUUAAGAUCUGGAUGGAGACAGGUUUCUUUCUUCAUUUCUUCCUUGCAGGCAAAGGUACUAAUUCAUAGGUGGUAGCACAGCAAUGCACUUGUGAUAGCCGAUCCUUUUUAGUGUAAUCCUCAUUUACACAAUUAUGACUAAAAAAUAGGUUGUCAUAACAGAAAGAAAUAGCAUUCCAGUGUAGAGGGUUAUUGUCAACAAGUUAGGAGGUUAGUCUACAUUAAAUCAUCAUAUUACAGAGAUGUUAUCAGCCAUUUCAAUUGGGCCCAAGUGUAUGGGUGUCCAGUAAUUGAAUCCUCACAGUAUUGAAUGGGUUUUCAUAUAUUAAUGUAAGAUAAUGUAUGUACAUGGGACAAGGGGCUCAAAACCUUUAUAUAUAAAAUUAUUUAACACUGACUUUUUUUGUCUUUGCUCAAGACAGUUCAUUCACUACUAAAGAACAGUGGUUGUAGUAAUGCUUGAAAUUUAAUUUUCUUCAUCUUUCAGAUGUUUCUUUUUCAUAACUGAUGGUAGCAGGAGUGAUGAAAAGCCUGCAGGUAUGAGAGUUAUUGCAUACCAACUUAAUCAGAAGCAUUCAUACCUCAUUAUAAGAAUAUUUGAAUGAUUUAGAUUUCCACCGAUAUAUAGUAUAUAUAAAAGACACAAUACAAUUGGAAUCAGGAUUUUUGUUCCUUAUUGAUUGGAAAUUAAUAAGGUAACAAUUAUUAACUGUGUGGCCCAGACUGCAUGUCUAGUUUUUUUUAUGGAACACUGGUCCAUUUGGCAUCCUUUUAAAUAUAAUAAAUUGAAGCUUAGUGCUUCCCAGGAUCACAGGCAAAUGACUUAAUUUUUUAUGAACUUUUCUUAAUGCAAUUUUACUGGAAAAUACACUUCUAAUUUUAUAUUGCUACUGCAACUAUUACUAAUACCAAUGAUAAUAACAAUGAGGUAAUUCAGACUAGCCCUUAGCAAUGUUGUAACCUUCCACUCCAUGUUUGGAAGAGGAGUAGUGUGCAAAGGAAGGCCAAGGGAAUGAGACGGGUUAGGUAAAUCCGACUGCCUGCCAUUUCAAAUUAUUUACAAUACUCUUUUCUUGAACACAUUCUGUGGACCGUUUUUCAUCAAUCUUUGUUAUCUAGUCUCUCUUCCAAGAUUACUCUGUACAUUUUCAACCAAGUAAAAUUCAAGUUUUUAAGAGAGUUAUGUAUUUAUUCCAUUAAAUGAAUGUCUAAGAGGC